AUGGUCACAAGGUUCUCAAUAGGUGUCCUGGUGGUGUUACUUGCUGCUAGGGUAAAUGGUGCUUAUACUCUACUUGGAUGUUACGACUCUUUACCCUCAUCAUAUGAUAAUAAAGGAACCGCGAUUGCCCAAUCGUCCCUGAAGUGUUACGGCUCGUGUUCCGGAUACUCUUACUUUGCAACUUCUGAUGGAGACGAGUGUUAUUGUGGAGAUACUGCUCCUUCUGGCAAUACCUCGGAUGACUGUACAGUAAGUUGUUACGGAUACCCAGGGGAAAUGUGCGGAGGUUCCUCGGCUUAUUCUUUUUACUCCAUGGAUGACAACGACGACAAUUCGUCAAGCUCAGUCAGCUCUACUGAGUCAAGUUCUUCUGAAACCUCUACGAAGACUUCCACAGCCAGUCAGACGUCCUCUUCCUCGACUUCGAGUUCGACUUCGAGUACGCCUACAUCCUCUUCUUCGACUGACACAAGUUCAGGGACGCCAGUGACGACCACUUCAGAGUCUACAAGCUCUUCACAGAAUGUUUCAAAAAUUACUUCGACGGUCUCUCAGUCUACCGGUGGGUACCGUACCUCGGUGAUAUAUAUCACCCACACUGCGUCGAGUUCGCCGUCAGCUUCCACAAAUUCAUCGAGUUCCAAAGCAAACAAAAAGUCCAGCAAUGCAGCCGUGAUAGGCGGUGCAGUGGGCGGAGCUGUGGGAGGUCUUGCAAUUUUGGGCCUGGUUGUUUUCUUAUGUUGCUUCAGGCGGCACCGGAAGACUGCGCAAAGCGGGUUCAACUCCAACGAUUCCUCGGUGGUAGACGACCUGGCCUACGAGGAAGCCCUCAAGGUUGACAACCCCUUUGCAGACGAAUUCCGCAUGACUGACCAGCGACUGAACCCUGUGAUGCUAGACCGAAGACGGAUGAGUGAAGGUUCUCUGGCGGACGCCGCUGACUAUUCUCGCAAGAUACUGCGAGUAGCCAACCCCGAUGAUGAAGAUUGA